CCUUCGAUCGGUGAGGAUGCUCAUCGCGUAUCAAUUAAGUUAGUAGACGUUAGUCCCGUCCGCGCGAUUUUUUUUUUCAAAAUGAAUCCACCUACAUCCGCUUUCCUAGCGCCAAACGGGAACCAUAUCUCCCGGCGUCUGUUCCGUUACGCUCUGUUGUUGCUGAUAAUACAAUCACAAGGUGGCGCCUAUCCAGGCCGUUACGUCAACGUUGAUGGGCAUUUGUCGCAGCCGCAGAUUGCUCCUGUGGAGGAACCACCGGGAUGUAACGAGUUUUUUACGCUUGACCAGGAAGAUUACGACGCAAAGCGAUACGAAGCAACGCUGCUGCUGAAAACGAACGUGCCCCUUCGGGAUGUCCAGGUGGACAUACGGUUCGAUCGAGCUGUUGAUUUACUUGGGACUUACUUCGGCACCUCAUCAACGACUAAUAACCGAGAUUUUCGCAUAGUGAAACAAAACUUCAAUGUGCAUGCUGGAGCAACGCUCAAGCUUAAAAUAGAAGUUAACUUCUCUACAACGCUUAUGCCAUGGCUGGAAGUAAUUCAGUUAAAUGGAAAAGUUCUAUGCCCAAAGCUUCCGGAAGAGCCCAGGUCCACCAUAGCCAAGGAUCGUCCCACCGUUUACCGUUUUGCUCCAUCCACUUGGACGCUCAGGCAACAACCUGUUGCCUCCAGUAGAGAGUUUGUAGGUGCUAGUGGUUAUCCAGUUCUAGUGUCCAAUCGAGGCUACGUGUAUCCAGUUCAAAAUCCCCGAGCUGCACCUCUAACGGAUGUUCCAAGAAAUUUUACGAAUAAUCACGACUCGCGCUUCAACUCGUCGUGCCAGGUAAUGAGUCCCAAUAUUGCUACGUCAGACGGUAGAUGGGAUGGGGUAGCUACUUUGGUAGCCGAAGAAAGCAUGGAUACGGUACGCAUAGAAGUUGUCUUCGAUAAACCGAUUUACAUCCUUGGGCCUCCCGAGGACCGAAAAAACCUCCCGCACGUCCCCAAUGAUGCCAACAACAACAACAAUUUACCUCCUGAAGCUGCGGCGUUGCUUUUGGGACAACCAUCAACAGCGUUGCGGAGAACGUCAUCGGGUAAGUGGAACGAGCUGGACGGAACGACUGGUUUAAAGAGCCGUGAACACCUCUGCAUACGACACGAUCGACUGAGACGAGCUAUGGAAAAUCAUGGACACGACUUAUCCGGUAAGCUGACUAGACUGAUCAAGGCAACGAUGGAUGGAACGCAGUGCUGUGUGCGGAAUUCGGGUGAACUGUCGAGUUCAUUCGAAUCGCGCAGAGGGCUUCGACAAGGCGAUAGUCUACCCUGCUAG